AAAACUUCAUCUCCCAUGAUGCAUUAUUGUUUAGCUUCAUCUGCUGUUUAUGGCGUCAGUCUCAGAGCUAAGGGCAAGUUACGCUCUGACCGAUAGAUAAACAAAUAGUUUAAAGGCGGAUAUUCCUGCUAGCUGUCUCCAGAUUGGCAUUAUGGAGGUGGAGAGUGUCAGCGCACAGGAACAGACACGUCUGACCCAGAGAAGGUUCGAGGCAGCGGUUAAAGUCAUCAAGAGUUUACCCCCCAACGGUCCCUUUCAGCCUUCAAAUGACAUGAUGCUCAAGUUCUACAGCUACUAUAAACAGGCCACUGUUGGACCAUGUAAUAUACCACGACCUGGGUUCUGGGAUGUAGUUGGUAAAGCUAAAUGGGAUGCGUGGAAUUCCCUUGGAGAGAUGCCUGAAGAAGAAGCUAUGGCAGCCUAUGUCGACCAAAUGAAGCUGAUCCUGGAGGGAAUGCCCAUGACUGACGAGGUGGAGGAGCUGCUGCGCGUCCUCGGACCCUUCUAUGAGCUGAUUGAUGAGAAGAAAAAAGUCACGCAGAUAUCAGACUUGAGUACAGGGUUUGGAACGAUGCUGGACACAGUGGGAUCAAAAAGUAUUGCAAAAAGCAUAAUAAGAAACAUGGAGAUGAACGGCACUCUGGAGACUCGGCCCGCCAGGCUCAGAGAGAGUGAAGAAGUCGAAGAGGAAGACGACAACGACGAUGAUGAUGAUGAUGAGGAGGAUGAUGAUGAUAAUGAGGAAGAAGAGAAGGAGGACAUAAUAGAAAUCAGAAAAGCAGCACAGCCCAAGAAGAAAAGUUCCACCAGGAGACACAGAGUGUCCCUCCAGAAUGGUAAACUGUCUAAUGGUGGCUCCCAUGUGGUCAACGGGGGUCAUCCCAGAGACGGCGAUGUGCAGGAAGUCUCAGCCGGGGAGCCUCUGCUGAAUGGACACCAUGCAGAUGCGAGACCCAAUCUGGUUACCAGUGACUCAGACAGUGAAGUCUACUGUGAUUCUGUGGACCAGUUUGGCCAAGAAGAGAACUCGGAACAUAACCGCUCUCUGGAUGACCUGGAAGAAGAGGAGAGUCAACUACGACACGCAGAGGAGGACGUUCAGGAUCCUCCACAGGCCGUCAGGUGUGGAGGAGAAGAGGGGGAGACGGGUGGGACGGUGUCACAGAGACAGAGGCUGGACGUGGAAAUGCCAGAUGGUGCUUCAGCCAGAAGGGGAAAAGGUUCUAGGUCCCCAGGUCCAGGACCUCAGGUCCCCAUGCACAGCAGUGGGGAUGGAGACGGGGAGCGCUGGGGAGGCGCCGUUACACCCGCAGUGAGCCUGAACGAGCAGAUUGUGGUGGCGCUGGCCAGACUGCAGGAAGACAUGCAGAGUGUUCUGGAAAGACUAAGGACCUUGGAGGCUCUAACAGCCAACCAGACGAGAUCAGUGACUCUGCCUACAUAUGGAUCGCCUCAGACCAACAAGAAGAAUCGGAACCCAUCAUGGUGGCCUUUUGACAUUUCACCAACCAGUCUGGCCUUUGCCAUUGUCUGGCCUUUUGUGGUUCAGUGGCUUAUCCGUCUGUUCUUGCAGAGGAGAGGAAGACGCAUCAACUGAUCCAGCUUAGGACAGGACUUGAACUGUCUUCAAUCCAGUCCGGCUGCAGCCUCCUCAUCCUAAUUAAACUCAACAGCCAGUAAUUAGCUUUUGCACUUCGAAGAAGGAAACCGUGGAGCAAAGGAUGAGUGGAGCAUUGAAGUAUGCAGUGAGCCGCACUCCGGCUACGUCGUGGAAGGGAAAUGUUGAACGGGCUUUUGAUUUAGUCGUGAAACUGUACUAGAAUCUGUCUUUCAGUUAUAACGGUCUGUGACGAAACGGUUGUAUGGAUGUAGACCAACUACCGUAGCUACUUGAUUAUUUCCCUAUCUUAGGCUUUGUUGCACAAAAGUUUAGUUAUUUCAUUAGCUGCCCAGGUGAUGCUGCUAUAUUAAAAUGUGUGAUAAUAACUGUAGAAUAUAUAUAUGCCGAAUGUAAAAUCGCAUUGAGAUGUGAGUGUUUCCAGGUAAUAUUUAUUGCUUUUAAUUACUUUCAACAGACAAGAUUUUAUCUGUAAAAAAUGUAUAACUUUGUUGUAAACUGAUCUAAAUUUGUCUCAUGUGCACUGCUUUAUAUCAGAAGCCAGUUUAUGUUCCACUUUUCAUUUUCUCUAGGAAAAAGUGCCUCAUCAUCAUGUAGUAGAUGGCGUUGCAUUACAAGUUAGCUCUUCCGGGUAUGGGCCAAAUUAACGUUAAACAAGAGAAUCUUCCACUCUGAUUUCUAAUCAUUUAUAAAAUGCAGCAUCGUUUUUAUGGUUGUGUUUAAUUGUUGUCUAAAGAUUUGGAUUGAAUCCUCUGUUUGCAAAGCAGUGAAAACUAAUUAUAUACAGUAGCUGUACAGUUCAGACCUUUAAUGCAAUAUUUUAAUUGCAUUUAUGUACUAAUUGUAGAUUAAUAUGUAAUAUUUACAGAGAUUGGCGCACUAAUUAAAGCUGAUCUUUUCAGAGAAAAUAUGUUUUCAUAACGAGAAAAAUGGUUUACCUUUCUAUUAUAAUGUACUGAAACAUUUCUCACCCCUUCUGCUUGUGCAGAGAGGUGUAUGCAUGUGAUAAUCACAGCCUGAAAUAAAGUUUUGA